AUGGAUUUAAAUAAUUAUAUUUUCAUAAUAACCGUAAAUUGGCAUUCAUCAUACGUAUAUUCACAAUCAAAUAUUAGAAUAUUAGAACAAUUUAUUGUUUCAUAUUUACGAUCAAUCAAAUUGCAUGGACAAGAAUAUUUCAUAACUUUGCUAGAAGUUUUCAUACUUCGAGAUUGUCCACAACAGUCGAAUAAUAGACUAUUGCCAAUUGUUUACCUUAUUCAAAAAGAUUCAAUGUUUGAACAAUCAAAUAUUAGAAUAUUAGAACAAUUUAUUGUUUCAUAUUUACGAUCAAUCAAAUUGCAUGGACAAGAAUAUUUCAUAACUUUGCUAGAAGUUUUCAUACUUCGAGAUUGUCCACAACAGUCGAAUAAUAGACUAUUGCCAAUUGUUUACCUUAUUCAAAAGAUUCAAUGUUUGAAAGUAUUACGUAUUUGUGUACUUGUUAAGCAAUCAAAUAUUAGAAUAUUAGAACAAUUUAUUGUUUCAUAUUUACGAUCAAUCAAAUUGCAUGGACAAGAAUAUUUCAUAACUUUGCUAGAAGUUUUCAUACUUCGAGAUUGUCCACAACAGUCGAAUAAUAGACUAUUGCCAAUUGUUUACCUUAUUCAAAAGAUUCAAUGUUUGAAAAUAUUAGAACAAUUUAUUGUUUCAUAUUUACGAUCAAUCAAAUUGCAUGGACAAGAAUAUUUCAUAACUUUGCUAGAAGUUUUCAUACUUCGAGAUUGUCCACAACAGUCGAAUAAUAGACUAUUGCCAAUUGUUUACCUUAUUCAAAAAGAUUCAAUGUUUGAAGUUAGUUUAAUCUUGAAAACUUAG